AUGCCAAGCGCGAUCGACUCUGGGCCGUACGGCUGCGUCUCAUAUCAACUGCUGGGCAGAGAGCAUAACACGAAAGAGCUUGCGGUUUGUCUACAUGGCCUCAAUGGGUCGAAGAUGCUCUUCUCUGAUCUAGCUCAAGUCCUCUCGAGAAGCCGCAUGGUUCUAACGUAUGAUAUGUACGGGCACGGGCUCUCCAACGCUCCUCCUGUGGCCCACUGUAUAGGAGCGGGCAAAUACUGCUGCAAACAGCGAGCUGCCUACGACUUGGACUUCUUUGUAGACCAGCUCUAUUUCCUCAUGGAUUACUUAAAACUUAUUGACUGUGGACUAACCAUAAGCCUGAUCGGAUUCAGCUUCGGAGGAGCGGUGGCCAUUAGCUUCGUUGAUAACUGUCCCUGGUGUAUCAUCCCACUAGCUCAACAUUGUGCUUGCUCAUGCAUCUUUGCUCGUGACAAAUUCGUCCUGUCGGAAGGGGACGAGCCUCUAACAGAGGCUGAGCUCGAAUGGCAGGACAUGUAUUGGAGAAGAGUAGUCUGGCAAACCCUGGUAAAGCGAGACGGCAUCUCAAGCAGCCUCGCAAUAGUGGAUCGAGUGCCUUUCUUCGACAUGACGGCCGAAUACGCACGUGCAGGGGAGCACCCGAGACCUGUGUUGCUCAUUUGGGGAGUCAAUGACCAAGUGAAUCCUCUGGCAGUCGCUGGCACUGUCCCGACUGACUUUCAAUUCCGGAGUGGCAAACAGGAGGUCCAUCCAUUGCAACAAGAGACCAUGAACAACACUCCUGGGGCAUCUACAACGCGGUCAGCACGUUCCACGCUUCGUGUCAAACUGCCACAUGCUCGGGACGUGUUUAUUCCGCGUCACGAAGUUCCGACACUCCACCGAGAACGUACGCUCGAAUGUGACAUCGAAACCAACAUCAAUCGCGUUGAGACGGCGAUGGUGCAACCCAACCUUGAAGAAUCCCCAACAGCCAACAUUAGUAACAGCUCUCCUCGGAAAGCCCAUAUAUGA